CACAUUCAUUGCAUUCUAAAAGAAACUGCACUUUCAUGACCAGAACACAUGGCAACUCAAAUAUGUGCUUCUGGCUCUUCAAUUCUUCUACUUCUCAUUGUCCUUUCUCCAUUACUAUUCUCAAAUGUUUUUGGGUAUGGAUCUCUUGGUCCAAUCGCCGCCGCAUUUGGCGAUAAUGGAUUCUUUUGUGCGGUGGAUGCUGGUGGGAAGCAGGAGAUCAUAUGUUGGGGUAAGAGCAAUCAAUCUUCAACCUCCACGUUAACGGAGUUUUUCCCACCAAUGGCUGCUCUCUCUGGUGGCGAGGGAUUUCUUUGCGGCAUUACAGCGAACACCUCUCAAGCAUUUUGCUGGGACUUGUUGAAUCCGGGUAUGGAUCUUGUCCCUACAGCAUUUAAAUACAAUUCAUACUCCCAAAUUGCGGCGGGUAAAACCCAUGCUUGUGCUAUCAGAGGAUCUUAUUUUUCUGGUUCUGAUAAUUUUGGUUCCGUUGAUUGCUGGCAUUUUCAUCGAAUAUUUAAUAAAAAUGUUAGCUCGAGUGUUGUUAGUAGUACUAAUACCCUGUUUCGUGAUCCAUACACUGAUAAGGCGGUGUUUAAGAUAAUUGUUUCUGGGGAUGGGUUUAGCUGUGGUGUUGUGAAGGACGGUGGGGUUUUUUGUUGGGGACCCAAAUCAAGCAAUUUGGGAGUUUCAACCAUGUCUGGCGAUUUUCGGAUUUUGGCUUCAGGAAGAAGUGCUGUUUGUGGGAUUUCUAAUGUUUCUAGUGAAGCAGAAUGCUGGGGUGAUUCUAAUGAAUUUGGUGAUCCGCCUAUUGGUACCAGGUUUGUGGGCUUAGCGGCAGGGGCGAAUCACUUUUGUGGCAUCCGUGAGGAUGAUCAUGGAGUUGAAUGCUGGGGAAACAUUGAUGCUUCUUCAGUUCCUAAAAAUUCUGGGUUUAUGGCAAUUUCUUCAUCUGAUUUUACCACAUGUGGGGUUCGAGAGGUGGACUUAGUUCUCAAUUGCUGGGGCAUUCAUGGACUGUCCCCACCAGAUUACAGUCCUCCAUUGCAGCUAUGUAGUCCUGGUGUGUGUUCUCCAAGCUCAUGUCCUGAUGGGAAGUUUGCUUUCAAUGCAAGCAUCCUUAAUGAGCCUGAACUAACAAGUUUGUGCGCUCAGAAAGACUUGAGCAUUUGCUUGCCUUGUAGAACAAGUUGUUCCCCAGGCUAUUUCCCUUCCACUAUUUGUGGUGCAAAUGCAGACACAACAUGCACUGCCUGUUCCCUUUGCCAGAACAGCUCUUGCUUGGAUAUUUGCGGCCUUUCUCCUUUGCCUGAGACCAAGAACCAGGAGCAGCAAGAGCUUAAAAGAUUCAUACUCAUCAUUGGAUCUUCUGUUUCCGGUGCCUUACUAAUUUUAAUUGCAUGCUGUUUUAUCCCGAGAGUGGUCCAAACUAAAGAUGAGGAAAGGGGUUUUUGUUUAAAGAAACCAGUUGUGAAGGCAGAACCUGACGCCAUCCCAGUACCAACUCCUACAACAGUUGCUUCUUUUGGAGAGACUCAAGUCUUCAGGUUGUCAGAACUGAAAGACGCAACACAUGGGUUCAAGGAGUUCAAUGAGCUUGGCCGGGGGAGCUUUGGCUUUGUUUACAAAGCUGUUCUGCCUGAUGGCAGACUAGUUGCUAUCAAAAGAGCUAAUGCUGCCACUAUUAUUCACACCAACAACAGGGAUUUUGAAGCAGAGUUGGAAAUUCUAAGCAACGCAAGGCAUGUCAAUAUAGUAAACUUGUUGGGGUAUUGCGCUGAAAUGGGGGAAAGGUUACUUGUUUAUGAAUACAUGCCUAAUGGAGCAUUACAUGACCAUUUACAUGGAGAGCUUUCUCCUUUAGGUUGGGACCUGAGGUUAAAGAUUGCAUUACAAGCUGCUAGAGGACUUGAGUACCUUCACAAUGAAGCCAAUCCCCCUAUCAUUCACCAGGAUGUGAAGACUGAAAAGAUUCUUCUGGACUCCGAAUGGUGUGCAAGAAUCGCAGAUUUUGGGAUUGUAGGUAGUGCCAAUGACAGGGAUGCGACGAGAGAUAAGGAGAAUGAUGUUUACAGUUUUGGAACCGUUUUGCUUGAGAUAUUGAGUGGGAGGAAAGCUUAUGACCGGAACAGCACUCUCCCUGGAAUCGUAGAGUGGGCAGUGCCAUUGAUAAGAAAGGGAAAGGCAAAUGCCAUCAUUGAUCGUAACAUUCUUCCUUUGCCAAAGAAUGUAGAGCCAUUGCUUAAACUUGCCGAAUUGGCUGAGCUUUCUUUGAGGGAAAAUCCCAGUGAACGUCCCACCAUGACCAACCUAGCAAGUUUGUUGGAUCAGAUUGUGAAGACUGGAUUGAUAUUGUAAAUAACACCCAAUCAAGAUUCAAAAAGGAUCUAGUUAUUGCUUCUUUUCUUCCAUACUUAGCUCUUUUUUUUCUUACAUAUUUGUAACUCUCCAAAGUUGUUCUUUUGAGAGAAAAAAUCAGAAGAGAUCAUGCAUCAAUGUCUGCUGUUUCUGGAGUUGAUAAAUGACCACAGAAACA